AUGUCCGAUCAUGACGUUUAUCCAAACGAAUACAACAAAUUACGAUGUAUUUACAAAUACUACAUCGAUUCAUAUAUUGCAUUGCAUCAGCUUAAAACGGAAAAAGAAGAAGAAUUAAAGUCAAUUUACAAAAUGAUCAAAACAGAAUUGAUUGAUUCAAAGAAUUAUCUCCCAAAAAAUGCUAUUAAAGACAUUUUAAAUAUCAUUCCGUAUAAUAAUCGCUAUACAAAGUCAUAUUUAUUCCUUGCCAAACUUAUAUCUGAUGAUUACCAUGUAACAGAGGUCAGGAGUAUUGAACAUAUUUCAAUCUUCCUGUUUUAUAAAGAAUAUGGAGUUAAAUUAGACAAAUCUGCCGAUUUUGAAAAAAUUAACUCAAAAAAUCUGGAUAUUCAUACAGAAAAUACAAUUUACAGAGCAAUUAUGUAUAAUGACUUAGAAGCAUUCAUCCCAUUCAUAGGAAGAGAAGAUUUUGAUGAAAAUCAAAGACUUGUCAGUGAUUUAUAUCCAUCUGUUAGAAAUGGUUAUUCAUUGCUUGAAUUAUGUUGUUACCACGGAGCAGUUGAUUGUUUCAAGUUAUUAAGAACGAAAUUUAAGUCAGAAAUAACUCAAACAUGUCUAAAAUUUUCAUUUUUGCGUGGAAAUCCAGAGAUCAUAAGCGAAUGUUUGAAAUAUCAAACACCAGAUGAAUAA